AGCAGCGGAGGCAGACAGCAUGCCUGCCCAGUGAAUCACAUGUCUGCACCAGUCCCCGUUAUCCACUGGUAUAAAUAGGAGCAGCAGAGAGGCUGAGGCACCUUCAGACAUUCUGGAGUCUCAGGAUCACAACAGAGGUUUUUCUCAUCAUUGCCUGCUGGCCCCGUGAGAGUCAGAGAGGAUGUUAAUGAUGAUGAUGAUGAUGAAGAAGAACAAGGGGCUGAAGUCUCUGACUGUGGUGGCUCUUCUUCUGGCCACAGCCAACUGCAUCCUCCCCCCGACCAGAGAGGAUCUCGAGCAGCUCUCUCUCCAGGGGGAGAAGUACGUGGCCAAGCAGGUUGAGAACGCCGUGAACGGAGUGAAGGAGAUGAAGAGCGUGAUGCAGAAAUCCUCAGAGGACCACAAGAAGUUCCUGGAUGCUCUGGAGAAAACCAAGCAGCAGAAAGACGAAGCUCUGCGUACAGCUCAGGAGAUGGAGGCCAAGCUGGAGCAGGAGGAGGAGGUUUGUAACGAGACCAUGAAGACCCUGUGGGAGGAGUGCAAGCCCUGUCUGAAGAACACCUGCGUCAAAUACUACUCCAGGACCUGCAGCAGUGGGUCGGGGCUGGUGGGACGUCAGCUGGAGGAUGUGCUGAACAGGACGUCUCCCUUCUCCAUCUGGAUCAACGGGGAGAACAUCAACGUCCUGGAGCAGGAGGACCGGCGCCAGAACAAGGAGUUCAAGAACCUGGAGGAGAAAUACACCGUGAUGGCCGACGGCGUGGACAGCAUCUUCUCAGACAGCAUGAAGGUGGCCGCCCACGUCCACCUCAACCCUCCAGUCUUCUCUCUCCCCAGUUUCUUGAGCCCGUUCACUCGUCACAGAAGAAGUAUCGGUUCUCUGUUCCCCGAUCCCUUCCAGGGCUUCCAGAAACUGUUCUCCUCCAUGCCGGGGAUGGGCAAGAACUUCUUCGGAUCAAUGGACUCCAUGAUGGACAUGGACACCGACACUGCUCCCAACGAAGACGGCAGUGUGAAGGAGGACGUGGUGAUCACUCAGCCGUUUGGCUCCGGCAGGAUGACCUGCAGAGAGAUUCGUCGAAACUCCGCCGGCUGCAUCAAGUUCCGAGAUGAGUGUCAGAAGUGCAAAGACAUCCAGCACCUUGACUGCUCUGGGAGGAAGCCUCUGGAGGGCCCCCUGAAGGAGGACCUGGAGGAGGCUCUGGCGAUGGCCGAGCGCUUCUCUCAGCAGUACAACUCCCUGCUGAGGAGGUUCGAGGAGCAGAUGUUCAACACCUCCUCCAUCCUGGACCUGUUCAACCAGCAGUUCGGCUGGGUGUCCUCUCUGGCCAACAACACCGACAGCCAGGACGGCAUCUUCCACGUUCAGAUGGUGAUCGACAGGGAGUCUGAGGAGAAGCCCGACGAGGAGAAGAAGCCGAGAGAAACCGACGUGUCCCUGCAGCUGUUCGAUUCCCCCACCAUGAACAUCAGCGUGUCGGGCGACAUCCCCUGGACCGACCCCAAGUUCUCCGAGGUGGUGGCUCAGGAGGCGCUGGACCGCUACAAGGAAACUGCAGUUUUGGUGAAAUAAACCCUUCGCUCUGCUCUGCCCGCUGACGAGAGAAUGUUCUGCAGAACCCCCCCCAACUGAUCCUGAUGUAAAACCUCUGAUUUCCUGCUUCUGCAAACAGUUUCACCUCAGAGAGUCAUAUCGUCGUGUGUCCUGCUGUCAGAGGAGAUGUUUGCUAGAUAAUCUACAUUUUAAGGCCUUUGCAGUUUAUAUCAUAGUGUUGGUGAGCUGGUCUGAAAACAGGCUGCAGCAUUUCAAUGAAGUUUCCUUUUCAAAGCCAAACAAAUUCUCUCUGUCAUGGUUUAUUCUCUGCAUUCAGCUUGUCUCACACAUGUAGAUUCAACUAUUUUCUUCAGGAUGCUUCAAUAAAUAGUUUUGAUUGCAAAAAAAACAACAAUAGGAAGUUAAUUCAGGCUGUUUCAGUGACUUUAAUGACCUGAUCUACUCGACAGAUCUCUGAUAAGUCUUUAUCAAAGUUGGUUUGAAGUAAGAUGCCGGAGUUAAAAUCACUGAUCGGAGAAAUAAAACUUGUUGAUAUGUCAGGACGUCUUGGAGCUGCUCUGUACAAACCAUGAAGCCAUGAAGCAAUGCAUAGAGAUUUCAUAAAAUCUGCUCAAACUA